AUGAACAGCUGUUACCUUCAAGAAUUAUCUACUAUUCUUGCUGCAAUGACUGUUGUUGACAUGUUGAACAUCGUCUGUUUUGAUGAUCUCACCCCUCCACAUCCCGAUUUUGAAUAUGAUAUUGGCGAGACCAUAGAAGGAAGCAAGUAUUUUAUCCCAAUUGUGGAUGACGCGCUUAAGCCAAAGACGAACGCACAAUAUGCAACUUUAAAAAAUGCUGAAAAGAUGUACAGAGAUUACGCGGACAAGGCCGGAUUUGAUGUUCGUGAUGGGGGUUGUUACGAGAUAUACGAGUUUGUUGAGGCACAUAACCAUGCGUUGUUCAACGUUAACGAUCGUCGUUUCUCUAGGAAGAAUAGACAGAUGAAGUGUACGGAUUUCAAGACUAUACUCAACAGCUCGAGUUACAAAGUCGGUGCGAGAAGGGCACAUCGUAUUCAAACGGCAUUGAACGGGGGGUUUGAGCAUACUCGAGUUUCAGAAAUUGAUUUCAAGAAUUUUAAGAGGGAUGCUGUUGCUUGUGUUGGGAAUAAGGACGCACAGAUGUUGAUCAAUAAACUAUCAAAUAGACGUGAUAUUGUACCAGGUUAUUUAUUCGAAUACAAGUGUAAUGCACAGGAGUUGAUCGCAAUUUUCUGGGCAGAUGAAGUUUCUAGGAUCAAGUACAAAGAAUUCGGUGAUGUCAUAUCGUUCGACGGGACGUUUCGCACGAACAAGCAUGCCAUGAUUUUCGUGCCGUUUUUGGCCGUUGACAAUCACAAGGCUUCCGUUGUCAUCGGGUUCGCUCUAAUCAGUGGCGAGACAAUCGAGAACUUUACAUGGGUUUUAAAGGCUUUCCUAAACUGUCAUGAGAAGCAACCAGUUUUCGUCAUUACAGACCAAUGUUCUGCAAUGAAGCAAGCUAUCCUGAUGGUGUUUACGGAAGCCAAACACAUACUCUGUAUGUGGCACAUUAUGAAGAAGGUGCCUUCAAAGGUCAGUGUCGCACUAAAUCAAGAUCCUAAUUUUAAUAAAGUAAUCAGCAAGCUCGUAUGGAACAUACAUAUUGGACCAGCGGAGUUCGAGCAUCGUUGGCAUGAGAUGAUCGAGCAAUACAAUCUGGGGGGUGAUACUUGGUUCACAGAUAUGUAUGCAAUUCGACACUCGUUGAUUCCUGCCUUUUACAAGAACACGCCAAUGUCUGGUCUAAUGAAAACAACCUCAAGAUCCGAGAGUUCGAAUUCAUAUAUUAAUAUAUACGAAUCGUACUGGUUUGAUUUGGUUCAAUUCCUUAAUAAUUACGACGUAGCUAUAGAGAAACAAAGAUACAGACAACCUGUUCAUGAAACAGUAACGAGAACCACUAAUCCAAAAUUUGUUACUCCGUUGCGUUUAGAAAGUUAUGCAUCAAGCAUAUACAGUCGGAAUGUGUUUUUUGACAUACAAAAGGAGAUAAAGAAGGAUGUCUGGUGCUGUGCUAUAGAGAACAUCAAAUGCCGGGAUGUCUUAAAGUCAUUUGUGAUAAGCCACAAAACCAAGAAAUCAUCCGAGAACAUCACAUAUCUGGUGAACCGUAAUUACUCAACAGACACCGUCGAAUACGAGUGCAACCUAUUCACGCGUAAUGAUUAUCUUUGUCGUCACGCGUUCAAGAUACAAUCUGCAAGGGUUCGUUACGGCGAGGUUGAUGCUGAAAAAGAAAAGUGUAUCAUUGAUGUAUAUUCGAAGGUCGACGAGAUCAUAAGCAUCGCCCGGAAUGAUAAGUCUAUAUUGGCUAGAUUGGAAAGAAAUCUCAACACAUUUAUGGUUGAUAUAGAGAAGGAAGUUCCAUAUGAAGACCCAUCUCAACAGAAGUUGGAUGCAAUUAGGGAGCACCUAGGUGUUUCCAUACCGGAUGAGGUGGAUAUUUUACCACCUUCUGGCAUUAGGAACAAGGGAUGCGAGACUGUUGAUGUUUUUGAUAGUGCCUUCAUUGUCCUGGAGAAAGUAGCCUAUGUUCAUUGUAGCAUGCAUGAUGCAGGAAUCUCUAGAAUUGGAUCAGUUAACAAACAACAUCCUUCUUUGAAUGUUGCAAAAAGCUGUGUUGUAGAUGCCAUGUGA